AUGCCGAAACGCAAGGUUGCGGCGCUCGAGAAGAUCGAUGCCGAUUUCCCGAGUCUGCAGAACAAGAUCCGUCGCGAUCCCAAGUCGUACGUGGACGACUUUCGAAGACAAUGGGACCAGUACGAGUCACAGCGUGAGAUUUUCCUCGUAGCGCCGACCACGGCGACGGCCGAAGCGACGGAGCAUUUCGAGAACUUGGUCAACCUGAUUGCGCACGUUGCCGACUGCUACCCCGAGGCGACGGCUACCUUUCCCGAUGAUCUGAAGACGAUGCUAUCGCUACACCACGCCGUCCUGGGCUCCGAGCUACGAGAGAAGCUGGUGGGGAGUUUGAUCAUUCUGCGACGCAAGGAGAUCAUUGACACGGCCAACGUCCUCACCUGCCUCUUCCCCAUCCUCGUGUCCUCCCCGAGCAAGACCUUCCGCGCACAGCUCUUCUCCAAGAUCCUCAACGACAUGCGCAACUCCAACGCGCGCUCCAUCAACCACCCCCUCAACCGCACGAUCCAGACCGUCCUCUACAACCUCGUGACCGCCGACCGCGCGUCACCGCGCGCCAUCUGGGCCAUCAAGCUGACGCGUGAGCUAUGGAAGCGCCAGAUCUGGACAGACGCCAAGCCCGUCGACGUGAUGAAGGAGGCGUGCUUGUCCGAGAACGAAAAGGUCGUCGUCGGCGGCGUGCGCUUCUUCCUCGGUGGCGACAAGGAGCGCGAAGAGCUCGAGGACGAGGAGAGCGACGACGACGUUGACCUAUCCAAGAUCAAGCAUCAGAUGACAAUCAACAAGAAAAGCAGGAAGCAAAAGAAGCAGUAUAGCAAGGCCGUGGACAAGCUCCACAAGCAGGAGCAGAAGAAGCACAAGCCGCAUCCCCUCAACUUCUCCGCGCUCCAUCUGCUGCACGACCCGCAGAGCUUUGCCGAGGAGCUCUUCUCGAGACAUCUGCAGAGCACCAAGAACAAGCUCAGCCUGGACACCAAACUACUGGUCCUGCAGCUGGUGACCCGCCUGAUCGGUCUGCACAAGCUCACUGUGGUGACGCUGUAUUCGUGGUUCAUCAAGUUCCUUACGCCGAGGCAGCAGUCCGUCACGUCGUUCCUGGCGUCGCUAGCGCAGGGCACGCACAACCUCGUGCCGCCCGACGCGCUCGAGCCACUGAUACAGAAGAUUGCCAACGAGUUCGUGUCAGAAGCGGCCGCGAACGAGGUGGCCGCGGCGGGUCUCAACUCGAUCCGCGAGAUCUGCGCGCGACAACCGCUGGCCAUGACCGAGACACUUCUCCAGGAUCUGAUACAAUACCGCAAGAGCAAGGACAAGGGCGUGAUGAUGGCGGCCAAGGGUCUGCUGUCGCUGUUCCGCGAGGUGGAUCCGGAGUUGCUGAAGAAGAAGGACCGUGGCAAGGAUGCCACCAUUGCACUCAAGGACGGGUCACUGCUGAUCCGGAAAUUCGGUCAUGAGGACACGGGCGAGAUUGAAGGCCUUGACCUCUUGGAAAAAUGGAAGGAGGAGGAGAAGAAGCGCAAACGUGUCGAGAAGGGCUUGCCCGAGGACGCGGACAGUGACGAGGAGGAUGUGGCCAGCGAAGAUGACGGGUGGGAGGUCGACUCGGACGAUAGCAGCGACUCGGGUGGCUGGAUCAACGUGAGCGAUGACGAGGAGGAGGCGCCUGCGCCCAAGAAGCGCAAGGCUGGCGAGGAGGAUGGCGUUGAUCAAGAGAACGGCGGUCAGAAGGAAGAGGACAAGGCGGAGGAGCAGCGGCUGUCCAAGCUGGCCACGACGACGAUCCUCACGCCCGCCGAUCUCGCCAAGCUUCAGGAGCUCCGGGCGGCGGCUGCAGUCGACAGAGCCAUGGGCCGCAACCGCAAGAAGGACGACGCGAACGCGAGCCGACACCAGGACGACGGCCUCACGGCGGAGCAGAUCGAGGCGCCGGCCAAGCUGCGCAAGCUGACCAAGGAGGAGCGUGUGGCGCUGGCCAAGGAGGGCCGCCCAGACCGCAACGAGCACAAGUCGACACAGGCCAUCAACAAGUCGAAGAAGGAGGCGGCGGGUAAGAGCACGAGCAACAAGGAGAAGGCGCGCAAGAAGAACUUCCUCAUGACGCUGGGCAAGGCCAAGAGCAAGCAGAAGCGAAGUCUGGUGGAGACGCGCAAGGUGCUCAAGGCGCACGUGGAGAAGAGUACGAGGGGCGGGCGGCGGAGGAACGGUGCCUAG